CCAUGUAAACAAAACACAAAAGUACUUUUUGAGAGUUUUUUAUGCUGUUUCUUUGUAUAUAAUUUUACAGGGAAAUUUUGGAAAUAAGAAGAGUAGUUAUUGUUAUUCCAUCGUCUCAUAAAGUUUUAUCCCAGACCUUUUUAAUGAUGGCUAAGGCUGUUUUGUCCAAACAUAAGCGUGCUAAGCAGUGGUCCGUCUUCUCUCGCCUGUGGCACUUGUAUGAUGCUACCUGGCAAAAUCCUUUCGAUUCUGCUGAACUAAUUGCCAAGUAUCUAUCUGGAAAGCACAAGCCUAUUUUUCACACGCUGAGUGAUUGUGGUGACCAUGUUGUGGUCAUUAACACUGAGAAAAUCGCUAUGCCCGGUACCGAGUGGAGAUACAGGAUGUACAGACACCACACGAUGUAUGCCCAAGGAGAAACAUUUACUCCCGCUUGGGAGCUCCAAAACAGAGAUGCAACUAAAGUGAUGUGGAAAGCCGUUUACAAAGCUUGCGGAACAACACUUCUCAGGCACACCCGGCUACAACGGCUGCAUCUAUUCGCAGACGAUAAAAUUCCAGAGGACAUAAAAGUUAACAUUUGCAGUCAGAUUCGGCAGCUGAGACCUGUGCCUAAGAGAUUAAGCGAAUAUUCUCAAGAAGAAUUGGAUCAAUUUCCAAAACUCUUUGAUUGGCCGGAAAGUUACAGUAAACAGUAGUGAUUACUUUGAACCCAACAAUCUUAAUUGUAAUUUUUGUUCAUUUAGAUGAUACCAAAUGAAAAUACGUAGUUGAAGCUUUUGAUAGUUCUUGCUUUUUCCACUGUGCCUUUUUCUCCUUGGUUAUAUGGAAAUAAAACU